AUGUUUUCUUGGUUGGGAAGAACAGCAUCUUCAUGUUUGCGACCUUUGGGCCGAUAUGCCCGUAUGAACAAGGAUGAUGAUGAUUCUUUGGGAGGUGAGGACGAUGCACGUCUCUGGUGCAAAGACCUUGAGAAGCAUUCUCAUGGGGAGUUCUCAUUUGCAGUGGUCCAGGCAAAUGAACUUCUCGAGGAUCAGAGCCAGGUUGAGACCGGUCAGCAUGCCACCUUUGUUGGUGUUUACGAUGGCCAUGGGGGCCCUGAGGCAUCUAGAUUCAUCUGUGACCACCUCUUUAAUAAUCUGAUCAGACUUGCUCGUGAAAAUGGAACUAUAUCUGAGGAUAUUCUGAGGAACGCGUUUUCUGAAACUGAAGAUGGUUUUCUAACUCUUGUCAGAAGAGCAUAUGAAAUUAAGCCAUUAAUUGCAGCUAUUGGGUCCUGUUGUCUAGUUGGAGUAAUCUGGAAAGGUACACUAUUUGUUGCAAAUCUGGGUGAUUCUCGGGCUGUACUGGGUUCUGUAAACAGAUUAAAUAAAAUUGUGGCUGAGCAGCUGACCAAGGAUCACAAUGCCAGUUUAGAGGAGGUUAGAAGGGAGCUCAGGUCUUUGCAUCCAGAAGAUUCGCAUAUCGUAGUUAUGAAGCAGGGGGUCUGGCGCAUCAAAGGCAUUAUACAGGUAUCGAGAUCCAUAGGAGACGCCUAUCUGAAAAGGCCAGAGUUUGCUCUUGAUCCAUCUUUUCCGCGAUUUCACCUUCAUGAACCUCUUCAUCAACCUGUGUUGAGAUCUGAUCCAUCUAUAUGCACAAGAGUUUUACAACCAAAUGACAAGUUUCUUAUUUUUGCAUCUGAUGGUCUUUGGGAAUACUUGACAAAUGAGGAUGCUGUUGACAUAGUUCAUAAUAAUCCAAGAGUGGGCAUAGCCAGAAGGCUUCUAAUAUCAGCCAUAAACCAGGCCUGUAAGAAAAGACGUGUGACGUAUAAUGAGCUCAAGAAGUUUGAUAAGGGGAUGAGGAGACAUAUUCAUGAUGAUAUUUCUGUUGUUGUCAUCUUCAUAGACCAUGAAAUGUUCGAAAAUAAGGCAUCUGUACCUGACCUAUCAGUAAGAGGAUUUGUGGAUACCAUUGGGCCAUCAAAUUUUAAUUUUCCUCAUGUGAAUCAAAGUGUCCUAUCUGAAGGUUGCUCGUAA